AUGCUAGGUGUUCCGAGAUAUUUUGGUCUGCGAGGCAACGCCCUCAACCUGGCUAUCAGUUGGAUUGCGGGUCUUGAUUUUCUUCUAUUCGGAUAUGAUCAAGGUGUGACCGGCGGUCUUUUGGACCUGCCGUCGUUUACCAAAUACUUCCCUGACAUCGAUCCGGAGUCCGUCGAAGGUACCCUGAAAGCAGAUCGCGAGACGAAUCAGGGAAUUGCUGUCGCCGCUUACAACUUGGGCUGUUUUUUGGGUGCCGUUUUCACAAUCUUCGUUGGCAACCCCCUGGGUCGCAAGAAGACUAUCUUCUUCGGCUCAGUGAUUAUGACGGUCGGUGCCAUCCUACAAUGCACAUCAUACCAGCUCCCCCAGUUCAUUGUUGGUCGAAUCGUGACUGGCUGGGGAAAUGGAAUGAACACAAGUACUGUCCCAACCUGGCAGUCGGAGACUGCACAAGCCCACCAGCGAGGCAAGCUAGUCAUGAUAGAAGGCAUGCUCAUCACAGCUGGCAUCACGAUUAGCUACUGGAUUAACUAUGGGUUCGCAUGGAUUGGCGAAAGUGAAGUCGCUUGGCGCUUCCCGCUGGCCUUCCAAAUAUUCUUUGCUCUCAUUAUCUUCGGAGGUAUUUUGAACCUUCCAGAGUCACCGCGGUGGCUCGUGAUGCAAGGCCGCGAUGAAGAAGCGAUCGAGGUUCUCGUCGCCUUGAACGAAAAGCCACCAGAGGAUCCAUUUAUUAAAAAUGAGUUCCAGUCAGUCAAACUUACGGUUCUAGAGAUGUCCAAGGGCUCUUACAGGAGUCUUUUUGAGAUGUCUGAUUAUCGCGAGUUUCAUCGUGUUUCUCUUGCCUAUAUCAACCAAAUGUUCCAGCAAAUAUCGGGCAUUAACCUCAUUACAUACUAUGCGCCAAAACUGUUCAAGAAAAUCAAUCUAUCGCAGAAUAACUAUCCCAAGCUUCUGUCGGCUUGCAACGGAACUGAAUACUUCCUGGCAUCCCUGAUUCCGAUCUUCAUUAUCGAAAGGGUUGGACGCCGCAAACUGAUGCUGUUCGGAGCCGCAGGAAUGUCACUGUCAAUGGUCGCCCUUGCUAUCACAUUGUGGGCUUUGGAUAACGGGCACCCAUCAGGCGGGCCUGGUCAAGCAGUGUUCCUCUUUGUGUUCAACACCUUCUUUGCUAUAGGAUGGCUUGGAAUGACCUGGCUAUAUCCUGCCGAGAUUGUCCCACUGCGUAUUCGUGCCCCGACCAACGCUCUGUCGACUAGUGCAAAUUGGAUUUUCAACUUCCUUGUUGUCAUGAUCACCCCAAUUGCCUUCAACAACAUUGGAUAUCAGACUUACAUUAUCUUUGCCGUCAUCAACGCAUUUAUCUUCCCGGUAGUCUUUUUCUUCUUCCCGGAGACGCGCUACCGCUCUCUUGAGGAGAUGGACGACAUUUUCAAGAAAUCUACCAACCUGUUCAAUGCUGUUACGAAUUCUUUGAAUGAGCCACACCGUUAUGAUAAGAAUGGGCAACUCAAGUCAGAGUAUAUUGCCGAAUUUGAGCAAAAUGAGAGAGUUCGAGAAAGUGUAUAUGAGAAGCCCGAUUCUUCUCACAGUUCUUCUUAG